CAUCAUCCACCACACCUCUCUCCGGUGAGAAUAACACGAGAAGCACGUUGAUCAGUGAGGGUUUGCCUUUUGAGACAAACAUUUAUGUACACUAUUUUCUAAUGUGAUGUUAUCCUGAACCCACUGAGGGCCCACGCUCAUGUUUCCAGCGCCGUGCAUGAUGUUGUAGCUGCUGAUGUUUGCCACACGAUGGCACUAAACAUCUUCUCUUAAAAGACAUUUCUUGGGGCAAAGAUCAAUACUGUUCAUUAUCAUAUUGUUUUUAUCAAUUUUGAGCUUAAAUUGGCCCCCUAAAAUCCAGAAUAGUUUGUCAGAUUGGCAUGUGGCGUUUUACUGUCAAUAGAUCAACUUGGAGUUGUAUUUGUUUAUAUGGAGGGGAUGCAUUUCCACAGCCAAUCAGACAGAAAUGUGGAUAUAAGUCCAUUAUUAUUACUGGAUUUGACACUAACAGAAAUGUAGAGAGAGAGCAUAUAACAUUUGGUGCACUCGGAAUGCCUGUGUUUCUACUUAAUAAGUGUGGAUGCAAGUUUAAAGAAAAAGAAGAAAAAAGUUAAAUAUGCCUAUCCAGAACUCAAUGACAUACUUUAAUUAUUAUUGCGCAUCCUAUUUUAUUCCAAUUAUGAAUUUGAUUUUUUGUUUGUUUUGCUCCAUUAACAAUCUGUCUUAUUUUGUAGGCAUUAAAAUGUCCUGUUGGGGUAGGUAAGCUUAGAGUUUGAAGUUCAUCCGAAUAUUACACAGCACACCUAUUUUGUGGUCGCAUCCUUGCGCUGAUUUCACCAUCAGAAAAAAUGAAUUUAUCCAUCUGCAGACACGUUUAGCACAUGCUUACAGCCUCAACUGUUCCCAAUCCCUUUAUGGUUUGACAGCGAAAAAAAACUUUUCAUGUCAGUCGGUUAAAUUCAUUGUUGCCAGUCCAGCCAAUCAUAGUAUUUGACGACACAAAAGAGGCUAAAGUUGGAGUAUAUAAAGGUGUGCGCUAAUAAAGUAUGAUGCCUGUCAGUGUGGGACAUUAAUUCAAAUCCAGUUCAGUCGCGCACCAGCUCCAGCACACACCAAGGGAUCCUUUUUAAGGCAAACUUCGCACCUUAGACAAUGCAUCUGUCUCAGAUUGUGCUGUAUCUUAGCUUGCUCAUGGUUUUGGGUCCAGUGGGUUUGGGUGACCAAGCGACGCAACAGCAACCCCCCGCCACCGUAACAGAAGAAGUGGAGCAGUGUUCAACAUGCGAGGUGCGACAGCAGAUUAAAACCAUGCGAUUGAACGCGAUCAAGUCCCAAAUUCUAAGCAAACUGCGACUCAAACAAGCGCCCAAUAUCAGCCGAGACGUGGUGAAGCAGCUCCUGCCCAAGGCGCCGCCGCUGCAGCAGCUUCUCGAUCAGUACGAUGUGCUUGGAGAUGACAAUAAGGAUGUGAUUAUGGAGGACGACGACGAGCAUGCCAUCACGGAGACAAUCAUGAUGAUGGCCACUGAGCCGGAAUCCGUCGUCCAAGUGGAUCGGGCACCAAAGUGCUGCUUUUUCUCCUUCAGUCAAAAGCUACAAGCCAAUCGCAUAGUCCGAGCCCAGCUCUGGGUACAUCUGCGGGCAGCGGAAGAAGCCACCACGGUGUUCCUGCAGAUCUCCCGCCUGAUGCCGGUCACAGACGGGAGCAGACACAUACGGAUCCGCUCCCUGAAGAUCGACGUGAGCGCUGGGGUCAGCUCUUGGCAAAGUAUAGACGUCAAACAAGUGCUGACCGUGUGGCUGCGGCAGCCGGAGACCAACUGGGGCAUCGAGAUUAAUGCCUUCGACUCGCGGGGAAACGACUUGGCCGUGACCUCCGCAGAGCCAGGCGAGGAAGGACUGCAACCAUUCAUGGAGGUGAAGAUCUCAGAGGUCCCCAAGCGCUCCAGGAGAGAUUCAGGCCUGGACUGCGAUGAGAACUCGCCAGAGUCCCGAUGCUGCCGCUACCCGCUCACCGUGGACUUUGAAGACUUCGGCUGGGACUGGAUUAUUGCCCCCAAGCGCUACAAGGCCAACUAUUGCUCCGGGGAGUGUGAGUACAUGCACCUGCAGAAGUACCCGCACACCCACCUGGUGAACAAGGCGAACCCCAGAGGGACCGCAGGCCCCUGCUGUACCCCGACCAAGAUGUCGCCCAUCAACAUGCUCUACUUUAACCGCAAAGAGCAGAUCAUCUAUGGCAAGAUCCCCUCCAUGGUCGUGGACCGAUGCGGCUGCUCGUGAGUUGGGACAGGGGCCCUGGCAAAGGGGGAGACCGUGGCUCAGUCCAGUUUCCUACUUCAGACUUGUUGACACAACCAAUCCACCAUUACCAGUGCUUUCCUGCAGAACACGGUGCAAUAGAACCAGAGUAGAGGCAACAAACAGCCUGACCUUCCCGCUGAGCAGCGCUUUCACAACCAACAUAUCGCAUUCUGUUGUUUUUAGUUUUUGUUUUAUUUUUCUUUCCUCCAGUGACAUCUUAGCCAUAGAGGCUUGAGGUCAGAUGGAUGCAGGAACACAAACGCAUGUUGGACUUGGGAGUGGAUGUAGACAGAAAUUAUACAGUUAUCCAGAAACUCUUUCAUCUGUCUCAAUGUUCUGUGCUCUGUCCAUUUAUUCAAACAUGCUGGCAGAAUAUACUCAAACAUGCACAUACGCCGUCCACUCUGCACUUUUUCCCCACUCAACCUUAACUCCUACCCCGUUUCCAAGCAGUUACACCUUUUGCUAAGCUAUAUAUUUGUGAUAAUCAUUUUGAGAAUUAUGUUUUCAGAGUGAAACCAGGAAUCCUCAUGGACUUUUUGAAAGGGCUUGGAAAACCACAGCUGGUGACACUUAAAGUGAUAUUUCACACUGGUAGAACAAUGACAUUUUUUAGUACACACGGAUUUAUAGGAAUCUUGACGGCAAACUCACAAAAUUCAAUGCUCGCCACCACUUGAAAAUCUAGUCUAAAAAUUGUAACAAACACAUCUACAUAUCUGGAGAAUUAGAUGCAAGUAAUCUACUUUUUUCCAUGUACUGCAUCCAACAUUUUAAGAAGUAAUUUUCUAUAAUCUCAGUUAUCGAUACCGAGAGCUGAUGGAUAACAUCAUUGGAGGUUGAUUGCUUGUGAACUUCAACAGAGGUGUGCGUGCUGAAACGUGAAAAUGUUCUAGCAACGUUAAAUAUCGCUCUUAAGCCUUGACUCGUCUUCAUGUACAGUGCCAUACAUACACACCGACACACAUAAUGAAGGAGCAUUGUUGCUCAAUCAUAAAGCCUCUUCACUAUCCAACAAAACAGCCUGACCUGCCCGAUACACUUGAAUUAUUCUGAUUGUAAAUUCACAAUACUGGACAGAAGGACUUGAACUGAAGGCACAAUGAAUGCAGCCUACACAUGAAAAUGUGUACAAGACAGAGACAUGGAUUAUUGAGAUGUAUGAAUGUUGAGAUCAUGCUUAAACUCUGUCUUACGAACAACACAGUUUGCACUAUGGCACACCAAUAGAAAGAAUUGGUUGCUACAAAAGUUGUAAAAACUGAUUUUGAUAUGUUUGCUAAUUUGUAUUGUAUACAUAUGCCAUUUUUUUCCAUUAGCAGUUGCCUUUCUGAACCACUGUUGGUAAAUGUAUAAAACCACAAACUAGCAAGAAAAAGAUGUACAACAGCAACUCUAUAUACUUGUUUAACAAAUAAAGUUUCUAGCUUGUU